GUGUGGUUCUCGUCCGUCUUCGAGUUUCAUUUCAUAAUUGGCUUUGUCCAGGCCUCUCGCGGAGGAUCUGCGUUCAGAAAAUCAUCAAGAAGACAAGAAAGCCAUGUCGGGCAGGCCCAACGGUAGUCCGCCCCCCUACGAGUCGGAUGGCUACGCCGAGCCCCCUCAGCCGGCGUACUCGUACUACCCCGACGACGAAUUCCAGCACUUCUACCGCUGGACGUCCCCCCCGGGUGUGCUGAAGAUCAUGUCCAUCCUGGUCGUCGUCAUGUGCGUGGCCAUCUUCGCCUGCGUGGCCUCCACCCUGGCGUGGGACUCGCAGGGGGCGCUGUCGGGCUUCGGCGGGGUCGGCGGCGGCGGCGGCUAUCCGGGGAGCUACGCCGGGGGCGGCAGUUACGGCUCCUUCGGGGGCGGGGCCUACGGACCCGGCAACAGCUACGGCUACGGCGGGCUGGGCGGGAACUACAACGACCCGCGUUCGGCCAAAGGCUACAUCAUCGCCAUGGCGGCCAUCACUUUCAUCGCCGCGCUGGCCGUCUUCAUCAUCAUCGUGUCUCACCAGAGCAUCUCGGAGAGUAGGAGGUUCUACCUGGCCGUGGCGGUGAUCUGCGCCAUUUUGGCGCUGCUGAUGCUGAUCGCCGCCAUCGUCUACCUGAUGGCAGUCAACCCCACCGCGCAGUCGCAAGGCUCCGUCUACGGCAGCCAGAUUGCCGGCCUGUGCGCUCAAUACCAGCGGCCGCAAGCGCCGGGGGUCUUCGUCAAUCAGUACCUCUACCACUACUGCGUGGUGGAGCCGCAGGAGGCCAUUGCCGUAGUGUUUGGCUUUUUGGUGGCGGUCGCCCUUAUCAUCAUGGUGGUGUUUGCGGUCAAGACGCGCAAGAAGAUCAUCAACUACGGCAAGAGCAACAUCCUAUGGAAGCGCGUCAAGCUGAUGGAGGACGGGGACCCCCCGCAGGACGUGGAAGCAUGGGUGAACAACGUGUCUGUGCCGCCCGAGGAACUCCCCAUGGCCGAGUACCCGGAGAAGCCGAGGUCGGACGAGGCCAGCGACUACAGCAAACCUCGCUACGGCUACACGCCGCCACCGAUGGAGGAGGACCUACCGGUGCGUAACGGCGUACCUUACAGCGCCGACUCGGACGUUCCCAGCUCGACCGGGAGGGCCAACAGGAGGCGCGGCGACCCCGACGCCGACUACGCCUCGUCGGGAGAUGAGUUGGAAGACGACGACGCAGACUUCUACAGCGAGUUCCCGCCCAUCGUCAAUGAGCAGGAGCGAAAUGAGUACAAGCGGGAGUUUGACCGCCACCAUCUGGAGUACAAAGACCUCCAGGCGGAACUGGACGCCAUCAACAAGAAACUCAGCGAAGUCGACCGAGAGCUGGACCGACUGCAGGAGGGAAGCCCGCAGUACUUGGAUGCUCUGGACGAGUACAACAGGAUCAAGGACAUGAAAAAGUCGUCGGACUAUCGUGCCCGGAAGAGACGAAGCAAGUACCUAAAGGCCAAACUCAAUCACAUCAAGAAAAUGGUAGGGGACUACGACCGCAGGGCCUGAGAGGCGCUCACGUGACAUCGAGGGAAGCUCUUAUGACAUCAUCAUCAGGUCCACACCCAACUAAUGUUCUUCCUCAAAGCUAUGAACUCUUUUGAUCAAAAACCAUAACAAGCCAAGUUUGUUAAGUCUGAACUUUUUAUUAUGAAAUGUCAUUUUAUUCCCGGUGGGUUGUUUUGAAUUGAGUCUCGUACUUUUAGUGUUCUUUAUGUUACCUUUUUUAUGAGAAUUAAAUCUUCAUUUAGCAUAUGUUAUUUGCGAACUUUUUUGCUUUUCUUUCUUGUAAGGUCACGAGGUAGCAGAAUUUGAUUUUUACUCUAUGGCAGUGGUUCUUAACUGGGGUUCGGUGAGUAAGCCUGAGUCCCCGGGGGCCCCAGGCAGCAAGCAACGUGGGGCCCUUUGAGCGUGUGCAAGUAAGGGGGACAGUUGGACUUGGAGCAAUAGAAGAAAGAGUAGCAACACAAAAAUACCACUAUCGGAUGCGGAAUUGUGUGAAAUCAGUAGUCAGAUUGUCCCUAGGACCCACCAAAUUCAAAUUAUUCCGUAAAAAUCACUGAUUGGUGGACUACCGACCGGAAUGAGUAUUAAGUUUGCUAAUAAAAUUGUUUAGGAUUAUUUUAGAUAUAUAUGUUAAUAUUUUUCUUAUAGAGUAUUCGACGAGGAAUACGAUAGAACCAUUAAUAGAC